GGGUUCGGGGUGUCGGGAUGAGAUGGUGCGCGGCGUUGCGUGCGGUGUGCAAAGCGGUGGCCAAGCAGAAUCCAAAAUAAUAAGAUUCCCGAGCGUCCGUCCCGUGCGCUCGUGAGCCGCGUCAACGUCGGGCGAGAGCGUGGGCGUCGGAUAUCGGCGAUGCCGCGAUAACCGCGGCGGGGCCCGGGCCUUCAUUUGCGCAAUGACGUGUUCUCGCGCUCGGUCGCUGCCGCACGCUUGACGCGGCGCCCGCUGACCGCCGACCGAGGGAGAGAAGGAAGGGCCGCCGGAAGGACCAACGGGAUCCCGCGGGUGCGGUGCUGCGAUGCCGCUGCGUGCCAGCGGGCAUCUCGCGAGAGUUAACGCGUUGUUGACGCGCGCCGCGAUCGGUGGCCACGCACUCUUACGCACGCCGUCGACCCGGUGAACAGAAAUGGGCAAGCAAAACGGCUCGUGUUGGUGGUGCGUCAAGGCCGUCAAGUGGCUGCCAGUCAUCUUCAUCCUGACGAUCGUCGUGUGGUCCUAUUACGCCUACGUGGUGCAAUUGUGCUACUAUACAAUAGACAAUUAUGUUCAAAAAGCUUUCUACCUGCUUUUCUUCCACGUCAUGAUUCUGAUGUUUUUAUGGUCGUAUUGGCAGACGGUGUACACAGAUUUAAUGCUAGUGCCGGAUAAGUUUAAAAUACCUGAUGUUGAAAUGGAGAAAUUGCAACAAGCCGAAACUGAGGAGACGCAGAGACAAAUUUUGGAAAGAUUUGCACAAGAUCUUCCGGUUACUAAUCGCACCAUAAAAGGAGCUAUGCGAUUCUGCGAGAAGUGUCAGUUAAUAAAACCUGAUAGGGCACACCACUGUAGUGUAUGUGGCACGUGUGUCUUAAAAAUGGACCAUCAUUGUCCAUGGGUGAACAAUUGCGUAGGCUUCCACAAUUACAAAUUUUUCAUGCUGUUUCUGGCGUAUGGACUUCUCUACUGUACGUUUAUUACCGCCACGUCUUUGCAAUACUUUAUACAAUUUUGGAGAGGUGAAUUAGACGGGAUUGGAAGAUUUCAUUUGUUAUUCCUCUUUUUCGUUGCGUUGAUGUUUGCGGUCAGUCUUACCUCCCUUUUCUGCUACCAUUGCUAUCUCGUUGUGCACAAUAGAUCGACGCUAGAGGCCUUUAGAGCACCCAUGUUUCGAACAGGGAAGGAUAAAGACGGAUUUAGUCUGGGAAAAUAUAAUAAUUUUCAGGAAGUGUUCGGUGACAAUCCACGACUUUGGUUUCUACCCAUAUUUAGUAGUCUGGGAAAUGGUGUCGUCUAUCCAGUAAGAUCGCAACACCAGGGCACACCCAAUACUUAUGACUCCAUGGGCAGUACUCAGAACAGUUUUGGAGACGGGGUAAACUUUCCCGAGCGGCUGUGCAAUGAAGAUACUCAUACUCUGUUGGGCCCCGGCACCCAACAAUGGGGUGAUGAAACCGAAUUUGACUCCCCAUCUCCCUACAUAAAUCAGGUCCACCAUUGAUCACAUGACAUUGCUAGAAGAAGCUACAAUUUUGGCUCUUGGCACGGGCACUGCUGUGAUAGGUCCUACUGUUGAUGUCGACCAACCACUGAUGGAUGUCACAGAAACUGUCUGAAUAACUCCGACAAAUCUGGACACCUUCACGCAAUUGCAAGUUUGCUUUAUGGUCUUAACUAUGUAGUCCAGAAUAUUAAUUCAUAUUUGGCGCUUUUUUAUGUUUUAAUUCACAGCAUUGUGCGUUUAAGGUUUCAUAGAUAUUGUUGUUGCGAAGGAAAUUCACACUGAAUUGUUAAUGCAGUCAACGCAAGUAUUUUUAACAUUGCGGCUUGUCCCGCAAGAUAUUUUGAAUAUUACUGUAUUAUAUAUUGUAACAUAUACAUGAAUUCAUUGUUAAAAGUAUUGUUACUUGUAUGAUUACUUGUAAUUUUAACCGUAAUAUAUCACAUAUAAUUAAAUUACCCUAGCAUAAUAAUGUCGAUGUCUCGAUAAAUUUGUAAUUGAUUGAGUGUGUGUAGAUUACAAAUUGUAUUAUAAAAUGAUGAAAAGAGUCAUCGCAAUUCAAUUCAGAGGAUAAUGAUUAACAAUAAUCUUUGUCAAAAUGCAAGCAUGUACAUCUGUGCUGAACAAAAUAGAAAUUACAAAUAGCGAAUAAAAAUUUAUCCAUACUUUAUUGUGAAGAAUAGAUAGGAUGAUUCUAAAUUUAUAGUAAUUCCUUUAUAAGAUUUAUAUUAUUUUAUGUUUAUGUUAUAAAUUACAUAAUUAUAUAUAAUUUUAGCAAUUUUAUUACAAGUUUAAUAGUUCAACGUAAAGGAUAUUAAUUGUUUUCAAAAGUGUAAUUCAGUGAAGCUAAGUAGAAUUGUAUAUUAAUCGGAGAUUUGUCUCAGAAAUGUUUAUAGAAAAUACGAUACAAAAGUUUAUAUAAAAAUAUUUUUACAAAUAUAUGUGAACUUUACUUUGAACUUCUUAAGAAUCAUCCUAUUAUUUUUAAAUACUUAAUACAAUUUUAUUCUACGUUGUGCGGAAUCUAGAAUUAAGUGCUAUCGAUUUUACAAAUUUAUAUAUGAAAUACCAGUUGCAUAAUAUAAUGCUAUUUUGAAAAUUAAUGACGAUGCUUGUACUUAUAUAAAUAUUUCUGGUUAUUUAUGGUUUACAUAUUAAUUCUAAAGAAUGUAAUUUUCAUGAAUUUUUUAACACGUGUAGAAAAUAUAAAUUAUGCAAUUGGUUGCGUAAUUCAUCGUAUGAAUUUCAGGCACAAAUAGUUGUGUGUAUAUACUUAUAUUGAACUGCCAUAUUUGCUUACGUAUACCCAAGAAAUUAUUUAUGUUUAUAUGCAAAAUAUACAAAUAAAAUAUAUACAUACGUAAUCAAUCUUAUAUGUACGUAACAAUUAUUCAUAGCUAACUUGCAAAAGUUUACACAUGCGAAUUGUGUAACAAUAUACAUAUACUUAGGUAUGUUAAUUAUGUAUUUCUUAUAUAUUUCUUAAUGUGCAAAACUAUAUUAAUCUAUUGAAAGUUCUUUACUAAUUAUAGGCUAAUUGAAAACUUGUUUAUUCGAAAAUAUAAUUGAAUAUGUUUGUUUAACUAAAA